AUGGCAGGUGCACAGCCGUUUGUUGAUGCCAAAUUAGCACAACGAAAGGUGCUACUGUUUUCAAAGACAUACUGCCCAGAUUCCAAGACAGUGAAAGAGGUUUUAGAAGGAUACAAAAUGCCACCUCAGACAUACGAAGUUGUGGAGAUUGAAAAACGCCAAGACUGCAACCAGUUGGAAAACUACUUCCAGAUUCUAUGUCUGACUGACAGCAGAGCGGUCCCCCAACUCUUUGUGAAAGGAAAGUAUGUUGGUGGCUUCAAAGAAAUUACGAGAUUUCACGAAUCUGGGGAGUUGAAAACACUACUGAAGGAAGUGGAUGCAGUGUGA